UUUAAUUACGGAUCUGUGUUCGCGCAUUACAUUGUACGAUUCGUUUUUCCUCACUGUUAGCCUUAUUUUUUUUAUUUAAAUGUGUCUGUUUUUUCCGUUUGCUAAGAACAAAGACCUUUCUUUAUGAAAUAAACCCCGCUCUCGAGUCGCUUGUCAUCGGACCCUCGCGCUGAUUCAGGAGCCAGUGUUUUUGUUAGUGAGCGAUCCUGGGACGCGCGCUAGCUGUGUCGGCAUGUUCGGAUCCCCGUCUGCAGGAUUAUAACCACCGGAAAACAGCACUGCAGACAAUAAAUUUGUGAGAGCUGAGAUUAAAAACGAUGAUGGACCAUUUGGCAACUACUAGUGGCACCCAGGGGCCCGUCAUGUCUGAAUCCUCUUAUCCUCCCUGUAAAAUGGCCCGUAUGGAGAAUUCAGUAGAUCUGCCUGUACCUGGAGUCACUCCUGUGAGCCUGACCUCCAAACAAACAUCAUUACACACAAACAGGAGGAAAGGCAGUCUGAUUCCUGUGUUCUGUAUGGUGGAGCAGAGUGAUGUCCCACCCUCAGAGAGGAAGAGGUCAGAGCAUGCAGAAUUUGUGCUGUUGAAGAAAGACCUGCUGUUCAGCCAGAUUACAGAGGCUGCACUGCAAGAGCUGGGAUACACACACACCGCGGCGGCUCUGGCUACAG